GAACAUUCAAUUCAAUUACACUUACUCCGAAUCCACCAAGGGUCACUACUAACCAAUUUUGACGAACGAAAUGGCUUUCAAGUUUAUUGCUGUCUUUGCCCUGCUCGCUGUCGCCAAUGCCGGCAUCCUUCCAGCUGCUCAAGUCUACCAUGCUGCUCCCGCCGCUGUUGUUAAGACCGUUACCCCUGUCCUGACCAAGGCUGCUGAAGAAUAUGAUCCCCAUCCUCAGUACAGAUACGCCUAUGAUGUCCAAGAUGCCGUCUCUGGUGACUCCAAGAGCCAAGUUGAAGAACGUGAUGGUGAUGUUGUGCGUGGUGAAUACUCUUUGAUCGAUGCUGAUGGUUACAAACGUACUGUUCAAUAUACCGCUGAUCCCGUCAAUGGUUUCAACGCCGUCGUCAGCCGCGAACCCUUGGUAGCUAAGGCUGUGGUUGCUGCUCCCGCUGCUGUGGUAAAGACCGUUGCUCCCGUUGCCCACUAUGCUGCCCCCGCUGCUGUUGUGAAGACUGUUGCCCCAGUUGCCCACUAUGCUGCACCAGCUUACCAUACCUAUGCUGCUGCAGCUGUUGUUAAGUCGGUAGCACCAGCUUACACCACAUACUCUGUACCUGCCGCCCAUGUCGUCCGCCACUAAAUGUAUAUUUCGUAAAAAUGCUAUGACCUGAAUGUCCUA